AUGUCAGACAAGGAUAGCUUUUUCGAGCAGCUCUACGCAUUAAAUGAAUCAGGAUCAGAUUCUGAUGGCGGGCCAAAUGAAUCGCGAGAAUUCUUGAAAAAAUGCAAUAAACCCAUUUUGGAUCCUCCAUCACAAAAAGAGCAAAGUUGCCUACCCCCUUCACCCAAGGAAUCAAAUUUGCUACCACCUCGAAAGGUAUAUAAGUCGCUUCUCAAAAAUGUUCCUACUUUACAGCGAAGUCACUCUGAGCCAAAAGGCAGUACAAGUACGGCAAAGGAUACGGCGAAUAGUACAGCGGAAAGAUCGUUCGAAUUGAUUCAUAAACGCUCCGGUCUUCAAAGCGAAUUGCGUGCUACGGCUUCUGAUGGUAGUUCCUUUGAAAAGGAAACUUCGUCGCCUUUAAGAAGUGUAGAUAGCUCAACCAAAAGACCAACCAUUGAUCGCCGGACCAUAUCAAAUCCAACACCAGCUACUUUGGUUCUUACUAAUAGUACAGGAAUCGCAUCGAUGCUUAGCAAAAAGAGAAAGGGCGACACCCUCAAUAAGGGGGGUGCCAAAAAACCCGCCGGCAAGAAGGAGAAGCCCCUUAAGCUUGUUCCUCCGAAGGAUCGGGUCUUCGAGGGACUCAAGUUUUUCUUUCUCCCCAAUGAUGACAAAUCUCCCCUCAGACGUGCUCGUAUCACCAAGGCAAGAGAGCGCGGUGCAACAUGGGUUAGAGAGUUGAACGAGCUCAUCACACAUCUCAUAAUUGAUAACUCUUUGACCCGCAAAGAUGUCGUGACCUAUCUCAAAGUCCUGCCACCAGGAGCCGACAUGGUCAAUAAUGAGUGGUUAUUGGAUUGCAUCGAACAAAAGUAUCUUUAUGAUGCAUCCGGGAAGAAAUAUCUGGUCAAGGAUCCCGAUGCAGUCAUCGAAAAGGAACCAGUUCCGGAUACAUCAACGUCACAACAGUCGGCUAAAUCUCUUCAAUUGAAAGCUCCUAAUAAUAAACCUAACAAGUGGGAAUAUGUACCUCCGAAACAGACGCCUGAGCGGAGUCAACAUUCAGUACCAACCGUUAAGGCUGUUCCCUUUCCAUUGGUCUCAGGAUCUGAGCAGCAGUUACAACAAAAAGAUUCAAACAGUCUAACAAAUAAGAGCUUGCAGCUUCUGGGUGAAGAUUCUACUUCCGAUCCACAACAAAAAGACUUUGGUAUACUUAAUGAAGCCAUCGAAUUAGCCAGGGCAACUGAAGGUGUACUCGACCACGACAAAUCCGACGAUGAUUUAACAUCAACUUUCAGUGAAUUUGAUGAUACUAUCGAUGAAUCCGACGAGGAAGAUCGUCGUCGCUCACCUCUGAAAGGUCCCACCAAAAAGCGACGAACUAUUCCCACAGGAAAAGGAAGCCUCGACAAUUUCCAAUGCAUGACUGGUGGAAAAGCCUCAGACGGACCCAAUCCCAAUGAACGUACAAUUGAAAUCCUAUCUCGAAUGCGCGACUACUAUGAAAGAAUCGGCGAUCAAUGGCGCACCCGCUCCUACCUCCAAGCAUGCGGCCAACUCAAACGCCAACCCACCCUCAUCCGCACUUUCGAAGACGCCAUCGUGAUUCCCAAAAUCGGGCAACGCAUCGCCAAAAAGAUUGAAGAAAUCGUUCUCACGGGCCGACUGCGUCGUCUCGAACACGCGGAAGCAGAACCUGAUGAUAAAAUCCUCAAAUUAUUCAUGGGUAUCUACGGUGUCAGCUUCAAACUCGCCUCUAAAUGGAUCAGCCAAGGCCAUCGCAGUUUCUCGGACCUCACGACACAUAUUCGUCUUACACCCAGUCAAACACUCGGCAUAGAACAUUACGAUGACCUGCAACUCCGUAUUCCCCGCGACGAAGUCACCGCACUAGGUGCACACAUAACCUCCACCGCGGCAUCCCUCGAUCCAGAAAUCGAAAUUACAAUCGGGGGUUCUUAUCGUCGCGGUGCGAAAACAUCCGGUGAUAUUGAUAUCAUCAUCAGUAAACCCCACACAACCAGUACCACCCAACUCACCCCCUUCCUCUCCUCACUCGUAAAAGCCCUCACAACAUCCCACUUUCUCGUCGCCGCUCUCGCUGUCCCGCAUAAUAACGAAGGUUCAAAAUGGCACGGAUGCUGUGUCCUCCCCCCCUCAUCCCCAUCCCCAUCCUCUCCCCACACAUCCCCCUCCCCACCAACCUGGCGCCGCAUUGAUUUCCUCCUCGUACCCGCCUCCGAACUCGGCGCAGCACUCCUCUAUUUCACCGGCGACGAUAUCUUCAACCGCAGCAUGCGUUUGCUGGCUGGUAAAAAGGGGAUGCGCCUGAAUCAGCGGGGUUUAUAUAGGGAUGUGAUGAGGGAGAGGGGAUCGAGGAAGAAGGUUAUGGAGGGGACGUUGGUGGAGGGGAGGGAUGAGAGGGCGAUUUUUAGGAUUUUGGGGAUUCCGUGGAGGGAGCCGGAGGAGAGGAUUUUGCAUUAG